CUUCCAUAUCUAAUAAAAAUAGAAUUUAAAAAACAAAGCAUUUUGAGAACAUUUCUACCUUGCCACAUAAAUACUUAGACACGGCCAGCGAUGGAUCCAGCGAAAUGCCGUGCUUGCCUGGGAACUCCUAAAAACAUGUUAAAUAUUUUCGAAGGGACCCAUGGCAUUUCCAUUGCAACAAUGAUUUCUGAGUGCACUGGGUAUAAAGUUAGGGAAGAGGAUAAAUUUCCCAAAACAAUUUGCCCGUCAUGCCUACAGGAUGUGCUAAUGGCAUUCGACAUCAAGCGAACUUACGAGAGGAGCUUUCAAUUCCUUUGCAAGUUAAGGAAGGAAUCACUGAAAGAGGACUCAUUUAGGGGAGAAGGUUGGAAUGUAUUAAACAUUUGUGAAGUACAUUACAACGACAUUUCCCAAGUCAAUGAUAAAGUAAAUAAAGAUUUAGAUGAAAUGAAAGAAGCAGCUGAAGACCAAUUCCGAGUGACGAAUGAACCACUUGAAGAAUACGAUUUUGAUGAGGAAUGCCAUCCAUUUUCAGAUUGCGUCAGGGAUCAGUUUGACUGCGAUUUAAAUACAGAGGAGAUGGAGGAAGAUGAUGAUUAUGAUGGUGUUGAAGAAAAAGAAGAUGAUGAAGAAGCAGAAGAUGAUGAAGAAGCAGAAGAUGAUGAUAAAGACGAAGAACCUGAUAAAAGGCGGGAAAAUGAUGAUUCUGUCGAUGAAACAGACUAUGAACCUGACACUGAUACUGAAUCUGAAACGGAUGAUGGUGAGCAUGUGGUCCCAAACCUUCCGUUCAAGUGCACUUUUUGCUCGAAGGCCUUUAGAUACAAUUCACAGUUUCAGAUUCACUUGAAAACCCAUACAGGAGAACGACCUUUCAAGUGUACUUCAUGCUCGAAGACUUUUACAACAAAUUCACAUCUUCAGGAUCACCUAUGUACUCACCGAGCAGAACCCCCAUUCAAGUGUUCCCAGUGCCCAAAGGAGUUUGCCUAUAAUUCACUUCUUCUGAUACACUUGCAAGUCCAUACAAGAGCACGUCCCUUCAAAUGUACCGACUGCCCGAAGACUUUUAAAAAUAAAUUUCAACUCAAGCUGCACUUGCGGAUACACGCAGGAUACCGUCCGUUUGGGUGUACGCUCUGCUCAAAGAGUUUUACAACGAAUUCCCAUCUUCAGGCCCACCUGCGAGCCCACAAAGGAGAAAGACCCUUCAAGUGCACUCACUGCUCAAACACUUUUAUGUUAAACUCGCAUCUUCAGGUGCACCUGCGUACCCACACAGGAGACCGACCUUUCAAGUGCACCCACUGCACAAAAACUUUUAAAGCUAAAGGAUCUCUUCAGUCCCAUUUACGAACCCACACAGGGGACCGGCCAUACAAGUGUACCCACUGUUUGGCGAUUUUUGCCCAGAACUCAAGCCUUCAAAAACACUUGGUAACGCACACUGCAGAACGACCUUUUAAGUGUAACGAAUGCCUAAAAACAUAUACACAGAGUUCAAGUCUUCAUGUACAUUUGCGAACCCACAGGGGCGAACGACCAUUUAACUGUACCCACUGCUCAAAGACUUUUGUCCUAAAAUCAACUCUUCAACGUCACUUGUUAACCCACGAAGACUUUUGAAUAUACCUAGACUGAUUAAUUGCACAGCUUAAUUCUGCAUGUAUUUUUGAAAAUAAUUAUAUAAGUUGUUAUACUGUACUAUAGACUAUUAUUAUGUUUGUCAAAGAAUCUUUUAAAUAUUUUGUUGAUGAUUAAGAUGGUAAGAAAUAGUACAGCAGUACAUUUC